AUGGAGAAGUUUAGGGGCGAUGGAUUUCUCUUAGAAAUUGAAGGCAUUAAGGGGCCUUUGGGAAGAUGGCAUAAGGAAAACUUUGGUGACAUGGAUAAGAAGAUCGCGAAGUUUGAGGAAGAGAUUAAAAAGGUGGAUGAUAUGGCAGGAGAGCUCUCCGAUGUUGGGGUUCAGGGAUGGUCUGUAGAAAGGAUAACUGAGGAAGAAUCUGCAACCUUGGAGGUGAUACCAUCGGCUGAGGAAAUUAAAGAGGCAGUAUGGGAUUGUGAGUCGUCGAAGGCGCCAGACUGUGAUGGGUACAACAUGAACUUCAUUAAGAGGUGCUGGGGUGAGAUUGUGGCUGAUUUUAUGGCCGCGGUGGUGGAGUUCUUUCAGACAUCAAGGUUACCAGCAGAUUCCAACAUUACAUGGGUGGCGCUGGCCCCUAAGUUCAUUGGCGCGAAAGAGAUUAAAGACCUCAGACCUAUUAGUAUGGUUGGAUGUGUGUACAAGGUUAUUUCGAAGGUUUUAGUGAGGAGAAUGAGAGCAGUGAUGCCAAAGCUGGUAGGGGAGACUCAGAGCGCCUUCGUCAAGGGUAGGAAUAUUCAUGAUGGGGCUCUCAUAGCGUGUGAGACGGUACACUGGCUUAAAAGGAGAAAAAAGGAGGCAGAAAGGGGUUUGAGACAAGGUGACCCACUCUCUCCGUUUCUUUUUGUGUUGGUUGUGGAUGUUUUGCAUAGAAUGGUUGGUGAGGCAGUUAGGAAUGGACGUAUCUUGCCUUUGGUGGUUAGUCGGGACAGUGUGGAGCUAUCACACCUCCAGUUUGCUGAUGAUACAAUUUUGUUUUGUCCCCCUGAAGACGAGACAAUGAAGAACUACAAGCGGCUCCUGCGAUGGUUUGAGUUGGAGGAUACCCUCCCUGUGAAGUACCUUGGAGUUCCCUUAGGAGCUAAUCCGAGGCUAGUUAAGACCUGGAAGCCCAUCAUUGAUAAAGUGGAAGAGAAACUAAGCCUUUGGAAGGCAAAGGUGCUAAGCAAAGCGGAAAAGUUGGUGCUCAUCAAAUCAGUCUUGAAUAGCCUUUUAGUGUAUUAUUUGAGCCUCUAUAAGAUGCCGAAGGCAGUUGCUGAGAAGUUGAUUUCCUUACAGAGAAGGUGCUACAAGAAGGAAUGCUAUCCGAGGAUGUCACCAGCUACAGCUUCACGAACACUAUCUGGAAAGGGUUGGUUCCACCAAGAGUGGAGCUGUUUGCUUGGUGUGGAGUGCUUGGGUAGCUGCCUUUGGCCGGCUUUGGUCUUGUCCGAGGGUGUUGAAGGACCAUUUUCUAAGCUGGACAGAGGAACUGCAUGGAAAAGAGAUUUAAAAGCAGCGUCUGAGGUGCUUCUAUGCGAUCAUCUGGCACAUUUGGAUGGAGAGGAAUAG